GCAUAAAUCACGGUGGCCCCACAGAGUUUACUCAGUACACAAUCCGCUUCCCAGCCCUAACGCGCUCCUUCCUCCGAGCAUUGCUUGCGUGCGAGUAUUCCGUCUUCGGACAGUGGAAAUAGGAAAGGCUAGAAAGAAGGAAGAGGAUAGAGAGAGAUGGCGAGCAACGGCAGCAAUUCAUCUCCCAAAACCAACCCUAAAAAAGCUAGUCUGAUGGAUCCUCAUUCCAUCAAACACCUUCUCGACGAAUCCGUCUCCGAGAUCGUCACCGGCCGAGGACACACCGAAGACGUGCAUCUGAGCAACAUCAGAUUGCUUGUGGGAACGGUCAUCAUCGCCAUUGCUCUCGUCGCGCAGUUCUACCUUAAGAAGUUCCCGGAAAACAAAGAUUUCCUCAUCGGAUGCAUCGCAUUAUAUCCUUCAAAACCCAAUUCUUGUACAUCGCUCGGAGAACAAAUCAUCUUAUUUUCAAUGUUUUUGCAGUGUAAUCUAUCUAUUGGAAAUUGGAUUUUUUUAUUUUUUUUUUAA